UUAGCAACAGGAGCAACAUGGCGGCGUCCAGCACCGCGGAGCUUUCUCCGGAGAGAUCUGCGCCGUUGAAGACCCCCAAGACGGAGCUGCCGUCGCCGGAGUCGGAGGACCUGAGCGACAGCAACCAGUACCAGUCCAACCCCUCGACGCCGAACCGCUUCUCGCCGCUGAACGUGGGCUCCGGGGCCGCGGGCCGGACGGCGGCCUCGUCCUCCAACAGCUUCACGGCUUGCCGGGGGAUGUCGUGGACUCCGUCCGAGACCAACGCGCUGAUCGCGGUGUGGGGCAACGAGCGGCUGACGGAGGCCCGGAUGCAGCAGCUGGAGGUGGCCGGCACCGUGUUCUCCGGGAAGGCCCCCGGGCCCGCCAUGUACGAGCGGGUGUCCAGAGCCCUGUCGGAGCUGGGCUACGAGCGGACUCCGUCCCAGUGCCGGGAGAGGAUGAAGACGCUGCGGCGCUGCUACAGCCGGGUGAAGGAGCACGGCAUCGGGAAGAGGAAGAGCAGCUACACCAUCGAGCAGCUGGAGAAGGUGUUCGGCCAGGGGGGCUGGGACUCCCAGAGCUGCGCCCCCGUCCUCAUCAACAGCAGCGGCCUGUACCAGGACAUGGAGUCGGACGGCAGCGCCCUGGAGGACUUCUCCCAGGAGGACUGGUGCAACCAGGUGCUGGACUCGGCCUUCCAGGAGGGGGACAUGGACACCGAAGAAGUCCAGCUGCCAAAAAACCGAGCUCUGCAGAUCCAGGCAGAGCUGUCGGAACAAACCCAAAAGAGGGACGUGAUGCAGACGGUGAUCCGCAUCCUGGAGUCGGUGCAGCUGAACUGGGAGCACUUCCAGACCUGGACCGAGUUCUCCCGCCUGCACCUCUCCAACAAGCUGGCCAUCUUCGGCGUGGGCUACAACACGCGCUGGCGCGAGGACGUGCGCUACCACCACGCCGAGAUCAGCUCCCAGGUGCCGCUGGGCAAGCGGCUGCGCGAGUACUUCAACCCCGAGAAGCCGGAGGGCCGGGUGGUCAUGACCAAGGUGCAGAAGAUGAACUGGAAGAACGUCUACUACAAGUUCGUGGACAUCACCAUCAGCGAGGCGCGCUGCCUGGAGCUGCACCUGGAGGUGGACUGGGUCCCCGUCAGUCUGUCCCGGGUCAGCGGCUGCAGCAAGGGCUCCUCCCACUACCUCCUCCCCGGGGACAUCCCCAAGGCCUACGGACUCUACGCCAUCGGCUACGAGCCGCCGCCGGAGCCCGCCGCCGGCGCCACUGACGCCCCGCCCGCAGGUGAGUGCCACAGUUCGCCGGAGAACGGCGCUCCGAGCUGCCGCCACCGGACCGCCGAGAACGUCACGUACUGCUACCUGGGCGUCGCCGAGGACAGGACCAUCCAGCAGUGCCUCUUCCAGCACUUUCAGGGCCCCGGGAGGCACCCGGCGCCCGGCGAGCCGGCGGCGGUGACGCGCUUCCUGCAGGAGAACUGCCGGCUGCCGGCGGCGGAGCGCGAGCCGCCGCAGCGCUGCUCCGUCUACAUCAAACUGAUCGAGGUGGAGCUGGACUUCCUGUCGGCCGGGUCGCUGGUGGAGUGCCUGGAGACCGCCGUGGGGUACUCCCUAAAGUACAACAACGCCGAGGAGUCCUAACCGCCACCCGGCGCCGGGCGGGUUCAGAGCCGCCAGCGGCUCACCCAACGUGUUCUGUGACCAGAUCGGCUUUAACCCAGACUCAAGAACUAGAAAAAUGUUCCUGUUGCUGUUCCCUGGGGGCGAUUAACCCUCUCAUCCUGGUACCCAGACAAAAGAAGAAGCUUUCAUUCAUUCAUUUAUUUCUAUUCCUACCAGCAUUUUGGAAAAGACUGAAGAAGAACAUGAUUCCAGCUGACUAAAGAAUAAUUUGUGAAGCUUAUUUAGGUUAAAGAACUAAUCUGUUUUCAGCUUAGAGUUUGGAUUAUGAUGGAAUCUGUUUUAAACAAAUCUAUUUAUUUCUAUUGUAAUUGAAAAUCAGCUGUUUCCAGGUUCUGGGUCAGAUUUACGUUUCUACACUGGGUUUGGUUAACACACACACACACACACACACACACAGCUUUUGUCAUCUGCCUUAAAUAAGACAGCAGAACUUCUUGUUUUCUCCAUUGUUCAUGUUGUAACUACUAGAAGCCACCAGGGGGCAACAGCGAGUCAAACCUGUUACAGUGAAAGUGACAGAAGAAAGUGUUGAUUCCAGAACGUUCUUUCUGGAGACCAGGGGUGGAGCGACCUGUGAAAUGUGACCAAGCAGCUAAACGAGGAGUGUGAUUUGGGAGUUUGCACAGUUUGACGUGGGCCGAGGCGGCGAGACGGCGAGGCGUCUCAGACGUGCCAAACCGGGAUGAAAACCCACGCCGUGUUCAAUGUGAAGAAAUGUGACCUCUACCUGACCCGUUCCCCAGCCGCGGCGCCCGCUGCCGGUGGGGGGCGGGUCACCUGGGACUGUGGGGGCGGGGCUACUGCAGUCUGUCUACCUCAGUAGGAUGUAGCAAAGCGGGCGGCGGGCGGAGCGGUCUGCUCUCAAACUGCCUUUUCUCUGCCGGGGGAGCGGGCCUGAGGGGGAGGGGUCUGCAGCUGCAGACCGCCGUGACCUGCUCACCCGGCGCUGAGCCGAUGAGCAAGGCACUGAGCUCCCGCUCAGGUUGAGACUCCCCGGCAGCAAUCAGACUGAAUCCUGAGCUAAUGUGCAAUGUGCCCGGAGAGGAGGGUGUACAGGACGGCCACACGAAUAUCUACGGUAUAUAUAUUUAAGGAUCUUAAUGUUCUGGAGCAUUCCGGCUUUUUGCAGACGUUGAUUUGUUUUCGGGGUGAAAACAGAAGACGCUGAUGUCUCCUCAGUUCUCGGUCGACAGCCUGUCCUGUGUGUGAUUGUUUCCGGUCGCCGUCUUGUACGUUUACAUGUGAAAACCAAUAAACGGGGAGCUCGCUGUGCUCGGCUGCACAGCGACACUUCAGUGUGCGUUUGUGUGUGCGCGUAAGUGCACGUGUGUUGGAACUUCAACAUAUUCACAGAAAAUACCCGAGCGGGAAAAAGAGCUUAUUUAUUUAUUUAUUAUUUAUUUAUUUAUUUGUUUAUUUGUUGAUCACUCUUUAUUUUUAUAAUUUUGUUUACGUUUCAGUUUUUUCUGAAAAUGUCAUUUUUUGAUCAUUGAAUGUUUCACAUCAGAAACAGCCGCAGGUGAAGAAUGUUUGCCUUUUUAUUUGUAUGUUUUUGUUCUUUUUUGUUUAUCAAAUAUUUAUUUCUGUUAAGUACAAUUAUUACCUUAUUUUUUAAGGGAUUAUUUGUGUUUAAUUCUGAUAAAUAGAGUAUAUAAAUAUAUAAAGAUAUUAAUGUAAAAAAGCAGUUUGAC